CAAACUUUCGGCAGCAGCAGUUUUCAGUCUCCUUUGUCAAGCCUCUGGCCAUUGUGUGUGUCAGUCCAAGUGAAAGCUCGUUGGGCAUGCAGAUUGGGCUGCCCUGUUGACACCUGAGGAGGCUCGAGCCAUGGCCGACAACCUGCUGUGCCUGGAGAGCAUCGCCGAGUCGCGGGCCAGCAUGGACCCCGUCAUCUUCCGCGACCCCCGCAUCCUCGACAACAUGCUGGCGAACGAGGCCGCCUCGGUCGUGUCCGCCGACUACUUCGCCACCACCCAGAAGGACACGCACGUUCGGCCCUACAUGCGCGCCGACAUCGUCGAGUGGAUGAUGGAGGUGUGUGACGAUUUGAGCUGCGACACGCACGUGUUUCCACUGGCCGUGAAGCUUCUGGACAUGACUUUGGCCAGCAUCACCAUGCAGAUCGACCAGCUGCAGCUGCUCGGCGCCACUUGCAUGCACAUCGCCUCCAAGCUCAGGAGCACCAAGAUCAUUUCCACCAAGCAAUGCUCCUUCUACUCAGACCACAGCUUCAACACCAGAGCCGUCAAUCUGGCCGAGAUCAUAAUCCUGUCCACCCUGCAGUGGAAAACCUCAUUUCUGACCGCGGCGGACUUUCUCGAGCACAUUCUGGCUAGGAUGACGGUGCCCCGUGGGAUCAGCAACACCAUCAGAAAGCAUGCACACGCCAUUGUGCAGAUUUGCAGCACAGACGCUGCCUCGAUUCAAAUGAAGCCAUCGGUGAUAGGCUCGGGUGCCAUCGUGGCCGCCAUCGAGAGACUGAACGGCCCCGAGGAGAAGCGUCGCGCCCUUCGGCAGGUGUGCCACCUCACCCACCACCAGCCAGAGGAGAUCCUGCUUCUGGUGCAGCUGUUUACCUCAAGAGUCAGUCAGACGGACAAGCUGGCCACGUGCACCACCCCGACCGACGUCGAGGACAUCAACCUCGACGUCUGACUUCAUCAAGUGGUUCCGGGCCGAAAGCUAUUUUUAUAGGAAUUUAUGUGCAGAGCCGCCCGGAACGAACGUUUUUGUGAUUAUUAUUUUUUGAACUUUGUAAAUCUUUUUAGAGCAUUUUUGAAAGUUGUUACAUCAGGUGCAAAUCAGAGAGUUUUCGGCCAAAUUUCUAAUUAAGAAAAUGCAAACAUUUUUUACAAUAUUCUUAUUAAGAAGAAAAUGAUUCGAAAUUUACAUUUUCUAAAAAAUUUGCUCAUCGUUACGUGCCAGAUUUUUUUUGCGAUCUUUUGGAAGUUUCGCAAUCAGUGCUUCCUUAAUUAAAUUUAGUUAAUCUUCCUAACAUCAAUUUUCAAAGUCGAUAUGUUUGUAGAUUUAAUCAUAACAAAUUGAUAAGACAGUUAGUUAUUUCAGUCUUUAAGUCUCCUGCUUAUACCUCAGCCGGGGAGGCCUGCACCAAGAUGCAUUUAAUUACGCUGUUAAUUAACUUAAAUGUGUGGGAGAGUGUUCGGAUCGAGUGCACAACGAGUGAUUCACAAUCGGCUGGCUCCAGAAUGUGAUCCUUUCUGGAAAUCUUGUGAUUUCGAGCGGCGUCGUAAGAUUAUUUUCAGAAUUAAUUUGUAGAUCUGCUGGGAUGAAAUCAAAUCGCUAAAGUAGGAGGGUCGUUGAACAUACCAAGUGUGAUAAGAGGUAACGAAUAGAGUUCCAUUUAAGUAAGUUUAAUCACGGUGCACAAUUCCAGUUUCAAUACGACUUAUGUAAUUUAAGAACGCAGGCCUCCCGUCUUUUGCAUCAGACCAGUUGAUUUAGUCCAAAAAUAAUCAAGAGUGCUCAAAACUCUGCCGCAUUUUGAAUUAAUCUUUUGCUAGAUGUACUUAAAGUAGAUUCAACACAUGUGACUAACAAUUUCCAGAGUUUAUAAGGGCAGAAGUUUAAAAUAUAUAUCUGCAUUCGUUACUCAUGAGCACAUCAGAGAAUUUUAUUUUUAGAAUGAACUUGUAUAAAUCAAUGAUAAUAAAAAAAUGUGUCUAUUUGAUAGUUCUAUGAAUCGAUUGUUUAAGCAGAUUUUUGAUGAAUAAAAAUAAAGAGUAAUCUAU